AUGACAACCCAGGCAAUUGCCACCGGCGCCGCAAUCCGGUUUGACAACGUUGGAGUGUACUACGGCGAAAAUCAGGUAAUUGAAGAUGUCUCCAUGGAAGUUACUGAGAAGGAAAUCACGGCGAUCAUUGGCCCCAGCGGCGGCGGAAAAAGCACUCUGUUGCGCUGCAUAAAUCGGAUGAACGACCUCAUCCCGUCGUUCCGCAUGGAAGGCCAAGUCUGGUUCGGCGAGUAUAACCUGUACGCUCCCGGCUCAGACCCGACGCAAAUUCGCUAUGAAAUCGGGAUGGUGUUCCAGCGGCCCAACCCUUUUUCCAAGUCCAUCUACGAAAACGUUGCCUUCGGGCCGCGCAUCAACGGGUACACGGGGAGUUUGGACGCCAUCGUGGAGGAUUCUCUCAGAUCCGCCGCGCUGUGGGAUGAGGUGAAAGACCGCCUGAAGGAAUCGGGGCUGGCUCUCUCCGGUGGCCAGCAGCAGAGACUGUGCAUCGCACGCACGCUGGCCAUUCAACCCAGCGUGAUCCUUAUGGACGAACCCUGUUCUGCACUGGACCCCAUCGCGACCCUGGCUAUUGAAGAUUUGAUGCGGGAGCUCAAACAGCGCUACACCAUCAUUAUCGUGACACAUAACAUGCAACAGGCCGGUCGGGUAUCGGACAAAACGGCCUUUCUGAUGCCCGACGAAAACCGCGUAGCGCAUCUGAUAGAAUUCGACCAAACCUCACGCAUGUUCACCAACCCGCAAGACGAGCGCACCGAGGCAUACAUCACCGGAAGAUUUGGCUAA